GCUACGUAAACUUGGAUUUGCCAAUCGCAUCAUUAUCGUAGUCUUCCCGUCAUGCAACGUGUUUCUGUGUAUGUGUGAGAGAGUGUUUGGUAUGUGAUUAAAUAGCGUGUGUUUUCAGUGUAAGUUGUUGAAACAUGGCUACUGGUAUGGGUGUUUCUUUGCGCGUUACGGCCAGUUGUAGUCAAGGAGGCCGUCGCUAUAUGGAAGACACAUUCACAGUUGCUUAUCAUCCUCUCGGAGAUGGUUCCGUAGAGUACGCUUACUUUGGUAUUUUCGAUGGCCAUGGUGGUGAGGAAGCAUCGACGUUUGCACGAAUUCAUUUACUGAAUUACAUUAUCGCACAAGAAGAUUUCUGGUCUGAUGAAGAUUCUCGUAUUAAGAGAGCCAUACGGAAAGGAUUCCUCGAUACUCACGAAGCAAUGUGGCGUGAUGUAGGUAAUUGGCGAAAGACACCUUCGGGUCAUACUAGCACAGCGGGUACAACUGCCACAAUAUGCUUCGUCAAGAAAAGCAAAUUGUAUAUAGGUCACGUCGGAGACUCUGGAGUCGUUCUUGGAUAUAAGGAAAAAGGGGAAGCUGAAUGGAGAGGGAAACCCUUAACUAGAGAUCACAAACCUGAAGAUCCAGAAGAAUAUAAGAGAAUAGAAAGGAGUGGUGGUAAGGUGCAAAUAAAAGCUGGAAUUUGUCGAGUGGUUUGGAAUCGUUCUCGUGUUUGCCAUACGGGUCCUGUGACACGUUCUGCACCACCCUGCGAGGAAAUACCUUUUCUUGCUGUUGCAAGGUCAUUGGGUGAUUUGUGGAGUUUUAAUCCAACAUCAAAUACUUACGUCGUGUCUCCUGAUCCUGAUGUAAUAGUCUUGCCGUUAAAUAUUUCUGUACACCACUGUUUGGUUUUUGGGACUGAUGGUCUGUGGAAUGUUGUCACACCUGAUGCAGCAGUAGCCGUGAUUCAAACUUGUGAAAUACACAAUAGUGCAGAUGUUGUUUUGGAUGGAAACCCGAAACCUGACUUCAAAAAACUUGGUUGGAUUAACCCUGCAAGAAAGCUGGUGGAUGUUGCCUUGCAACGAUGGUCAGAAAAUCAGAUGAGAGCUGACAACACUAGUGUAAUUGCGGUGAUGUUAGACCAUCCCCUUGAGGAAGUAAAGGAAAAUUGUGAACAUGUAGAGACUAGCAACACUCAAACUGCUGGUGCUUCAGUUUCACGAAAGGGACCACAGCAGCGUUGUGCUGAUGGCAUCAGAGAAACUGAUAAAAAUUCCAGAUUGCCAUUUGCCACUCCUGGUGAAUGGGUUGGGCCUCCACCUGUAGCUGCAAGAGUGAAAAAUGAACCUUCAUGGAGUCCUGUUGAUGGUGACAUUGAUGCCUCUGUAGUUCCUCCAGCAGUGCGAGACACUAGUUCUGUGGCAGAAGAUACAGCUGGCCGUGUUGUAAAAGUUGGAGAUUCACUUUGCAGUGAUCCUGUAUGUCUGACAAUUAAGGACAAUCGUUCAGUGCGAAGAGAUGAAACAUCUUUGGCUGCGGCACGAGUAGAGGAAAUUAAAGUGUGUUCUGAUGAAAAUAAGGCUACCACUACCACAAAACAACAGGUUCCCACGUUUGCAACAUGCUACACAGCAAAACUUGAGAAUUUUUGUCCGGAUUGGCAGCAGACAGUAAUGAACAGCUCUUUAAAUAAUGCUGAUAAUGAUACUGUUUUGGAGGGAAGUAGGGUGGAACCACUCCAAAAAAGUAAGAGGAAUCAAUUGAAUGACACAGAAGCUGUUACUUCACUUUUAACUCGCCCGAAUAUGAGAGACCAUUCAAAUGAGAAUGUACCAUUUGCUUCAAAUUUGUUGCAACAGAAAUGGUGGGCAAGGCAGUCUGAGGAUACGAGCACAGUCCUUUCAUCUCACAGGAGCAGAUGGGGUAAACAUAGUAUCAAGAAUAUGAGUUCACCAGUUACUGUUGAGCAUAAGAGGAAACGGAGUCAUUCAGAUGACAGAACACUGGUUUUAUCACAUUUAAUGCAAAAGAAAAGUUUUAAACCCCAACCUAAUGAUAUUCUCUCAGAUGCAAGUCCACCAUCACCAGAGAAGAGCUCUAGGAAGCUAUGCAGUGAAGAAGACACACUUAAGUUACCUUCAUGUUCAGUCCAAGAAGUCUGUAAGAAGAACUCUGAUGAUACAGUUACUACAUUCACAUCCAAAGAGAAGAGGAUAAGGAGUCAGUCAUAUGAUAGGAAAAGAGUCACAACAAAUUUUGCCCAACAGGAAAAGUGUAUUGAAGAUACUGGUGAUGAACCUACAAUGAACGUUUCUCAAACACAGACCAGAAAUUCUAAGAGGCACAUAGACAGUGAACAGUCAUUUGCUUCAGCAUCAUCAUCUCAACAACAGAAGCGGAGGCGAAACCUAUCAGAAGACACAAAUGGUGCAUCAUCUGUGAAUCAGGAAAGUAGUACUAAAUGUCAGAUUGAUGAAAGAUUAGUUGCCAGUACAAAAGAUGGGAAGAGAAGUUGGAGCAAAGAGUCUGUUCUCAGGCAAUCGGUUGCUUCAUUUCCAAAUCAGCUUAGAGGGAGGAGAAGCCAGUCUGAUAACAGAAAGGUAAUCACAUCAUCUGUUACUCUUAAGAGGAAUCGCAGAAGCAAGUCUGUUGAUACAUGCAGAAAUAUUUCUGCUUUGAACAAGGACAAUAGCUCCAAGAUCGACGCUGAUGACAGGCAGUUACUAGCUACAUCUACAACUCCACAGAAGAAGAGGAAGAGGAGGAGGAGGAGUCAGUCACAUGACACCUUAUGUUCCUCAGCCUUGCAGGCAGCGACAUCUCUAAACCACACUAGCAAUGACCAAUUAAUUAUUUCUCCUCUUGUUAACCAUAAGGGCAUUAGGAGGAGUAAGUCUCUUGAUGGGAAGACAUUCACGUCAUCAGUAAUGCAACGUAGGGAUUAUAGGCGACACUCUGUUGCUUCACAAUCGCUUGUUAUGCCUGUAACACAACGAAAUAAUUGGGAACAGGCCAUUGACCGACAAACAAACGCAUCAUUUCCAUACCAGCAGCACAGUUUGGGAAACGAGUCUGAUAACAGACAUGCAGUUACCUCUUCACGAGUGAAGUCUGGACUGAGUUGCUCAAGAAAUGGGCACAAUUGUGGGAAGCGCUGGGGAAAGAGAAGAAAAAUGACCUCCACCCAUGUUGGACAACUACGCCGAAAUGCAGCUGUGACUCGUAGAAGGCCUUCUGCUUCUCUGAUGGUGACAUCAAGUAGGUCUGUGUGGCCACAGAAUUCAUCAGCAGACUCUCAUAAAGCAACUGUUGGUUCUGUCAGAGAACCAGGGAGAAUUCUGCGUUCUGUAACGGCAGCUGUUAUUGCGGAAUCGCUUCCAAUCGCCAAAAAAUUGCGAUCUUCUUCUUGUCAAGCACAGCCAAAAUGCCACUAUGGGUGUGGCUUGACAUGGAGAAAGGUCUGUGACCACUGUUUUACAAAACGAAGUAACGUGCAUAGCAGGAAUGUACCUAGUGUAUGUAGAUACCAUUUUAAGUGACAUAGGAGGUGGGUUAGUCUAUGUAAAACCAGUAAUCCAAAGUACAUAAAAGGAACGUGGACAUUUUGGUGAAACACGAAAGUGAAGGAAGCAGAGAAAAAUACCUUGUAGUCAGCCCACAAUAAACAUUUAAGGGUGUCUCCGAAUGACAUGACUUUCCUAAAACAAAAAUACUACUGCAUUUUUGCAUCAGUUAUGUAUAUUUACAAUUAAAUUUAUGUGCCUACAUGUUGCCAGAUAUUACUCUUCAACUCGGAACAUUUAUGUAUGAGAGAUUUUGAAUCUGUGAAUAAUGGAGCAUAUUUGAUGACCUUUCUCACCUUUGUUCUUGGUACGUAUUUCCAUAACUGUACAAAUAUUGCUAUAUACCAGUUGAUAUUAAGAAAUAUAUGUGUAUAAAACAUCUGAUAUUUUUAGAUUUUUAUGAAUUUUCAUUGCACUGAUAGUACCAGAUAUUGAACUAUUUUGAUUAAAAAAUUGUACCAGCAUACAUAGUCUCCUCAAGCCUUUCACCAGAUAAUAAGCUGUACUAUACUGAAAUGAGACAGUUUUAACUAGACAAAUCAACAGUUGCUUCGUGUAAUGAGAUAUAAAUUGACUGCAACUGUUCGCUGAAAGACAUACACAAGGUGGUACAAAUAGUUACUGACGUACAUAAUUACAAUUUUAAUUUAUACUGAUGAAUUAUAUUCUUUAUAUUUAUGACCAAUGAAUUAUAUUCUGUAUAUUUAUGACCAAUGCCUUAGGAAGUUUUGUGUGUAUGGUAUUAUGUACGUGUAUAUAUAAAUAAAACAUAAUGUAUUUUUGCUGUUUGUAGAACAACUUACCAGUAUGUCUAGCUACCAAAAAUGAUACAGUUUUUAUUACUACUUUCUUUCAGAAUUGUGAUAUUUGUCAGUGAUUUUAGCUUGUAAAUAUGUAGAAAUAUAGGUUGGUGAAUGUUUUAAAUUCUGCAGUGAUUUUUUUUGUAAAUCAGAGUAUACAUACUAGAUAGACCAAAUUUAAUUUAAUCUGAAUAAUGUACUGGUGGUUUUUAUAGUUUCUGAAAAUACUUGCAGACAAAUUAUUUACCAGUGAACUGUGAGAAAUAGACUGAUUGUGUAAUGAAGUAAUUCAGCAAUUACUGUUAAGGUAAAUUUUCUGAUGUGACAGUCCUGCCAGUUCUGUACAUUUUGGCUUCAUAAUAUUUAUGAUUUUCAAAUAGGCUGUGAACACUUAUGUCAAGUAUUUAUAUGAUAUCAUACUUCAUUCGUUUGUUCCUUUCUGCUGAAACAGCAACAGUUACAUUGAAGCUGAACCAAAUGGUUAAGUAACAUGCAUGUUCCAUUAAAAAAUCUAUUCGAAUUUUGUUCUUUGCAAAUGCACAGAAAAUUGCAAUUACUCAUAUUUUAAAAAGUGACCAUGUUUCAGAGAGAACGUUAUGUUAGACAUGAAACGUCUUCUUUUCUCGUAAAAGAUUAUCGUGCAUUAUAAAAUCUACAGUAUAGUGUGUACUGGUGCUGUUCUCCAGAUACUGUGUUAAAUAUUGCAUUUUCCUGUGGAUGGGAGAAUUUAAUAAUAUUUGAAAACUGCCAAUUUUCUCCUUGAAAAAAUACUGUAAAUAAAUGUAAUGUGUACAUUUCCAAAUGAAAAAAAGAAAAAAAAAAUAUCAGAUGGACUGAACUACUUAAA